CGUGAAUCAACACGAUUCACUACAGUUACCUUACAUCUUUUUGCCUCAUCCGGCUUUAAAUCCCAUGCUGAAGUCAUCAUUGAUCAGGCUUGUGCUGUGGGUCAAAGGCGUUGUGACGACGGACAAUGCAUCUACAUUGGCCAGUUCUGUGACGGCAAACGGGACUGUUCCGAUGGCUCGGAUGAAUUUAAACAUAACUGCGGUAACUCAGCUGUUGGAAAAAUCAUGCAAGUUUUCAAUCUUAUGCUUAUUAAUAUUAUUGUUAAAGAUGUUUGCGAUCCUAUUUCGCGGCCGUGUGGGUCAGUGGACGGAAGAAAAGCAAGCGUUCCUUACUUCCAAGAACACUGGCGUUGUGACGGUGAGAACGACUGCGGUAACGGUUUUGACGAACUCAACUGUGAAAAUUGUAUGUUCCGAUGUCUUUUAAGCAAAUUAUCAAAUUCUUCCAUGAGUUUCUUGCAUAUUUUCGGAUGA